UUGCAGGGGCGCAUCGAGUACCUGGUGAAAUGGAAAGGCUGGGCCAUCAAGUACAGCACCUGGGAACCCGAGGAGAACAUCCUGGACUCCCGCCUCAUCGCCGCCUUCGAGCAGAAGGAACGAGAACGUGAGCUGUACGGGCCCAAGAAGAGAGGACCUAAACCUAAAACUUUUCUGCUGAAGGCUCGGGCCCAAGCGGAGGCCCUCCACAUUGGGGAUGUACACUUUUCUGUCAAGCCUGGUUCCAGUACCUCCUCUCCCAAACUCCACUCCAGCGCCGCGGUGCACCGGCUCAAGAAAGACAUCCGGCGAUGCCACCGCAUGUCCCGGCGCCCCCUGCCCCGUCCAGAUCCCCAGAAUGGCGGGAGCGUGGGUGGCGGGGCUGGCAUUCGUCCUCCCGUCUCGCCCUUCUCGGAGACCGUGCGCAUCAUCAACCGUAAGGUGAAACCCCGCGAGCCCAAACGCAGCCGCAUCAUCCUCAACCUCAAAGUCAUUGACAAAGGUGGGAAGCCAGCCAAUGGGGCCGGGGGCCUGGCUCGGCCCAAGAUCCCUUCCCGAAACCGUGUCAUUGGCAAGAGCAAAAAGUUCAGCGAGAGCGUCCUGCGCACUCAGAUCCGCCACAUGAAGUUUGGCACCUUUUCGCUCUACAAUAAGCCGUCUGCUGCACCUACCCCGUCUCUGGAGGGCAAGGGGGAGGCCGAAGGCUCCCAGGCAACCUCCUGUGGGCUUAUUAUGGGCUCCACCCCCUAUGAUGCCCCCAGCUCCAGCUCCUCUGGGUGCCCAUCACCUGCUCCCCACUCCUCCUCUGACCCAGAUGAUUCCCCUCCAAAGCUGCUCCCUGAGACCCUCAGCCCAGCCAUCCCCGACUGGCGUGAGUCAGAGGUCCUCGACCUCUCAAUCCCACCUGAGUCGGCUGCCACCAGCAAGCGUUCUCCUUCGGGAGGGUGCAGUGGGGGGCAGACUCCCUCCUUGUCCCUUUCCUCUUCUGACCCGGAGCAGGAGGCUGGCGACUGGCGUCCUGAGAUGUCCCCUUGCUCUAAUGUGGUGGUCACAGAUGUCACCAGCAACCUCCUCACUGUAACCAUCAAGGAGUUCUGCAAUGCAGAGGAUUUUGAGAAGGUGGCGGCGGGCAGUGGUGGAGGAGGCAGCAAGUGAGCAACCAGGUCCCUCCACUCCAGGGGCGUGGGGGGAGCUCUACCUGAGAGAAGUCGUGGUGCGAAUGGCUGUCCUUAGUUCUCUCCUUCUCCCCUUGGCUGUCCCUCUACCCUCACUGCCACCCUUCCUCCUCCUUUCCUCCUGCCCAAUUCCUCUUGCCUGGAGGCUGGAGUGUGUCAGUGGGGGUGUGGGAGCACCCACUGUUCCUGGGUGUUGGUACUGCUAGGAGGAGGCAGGGAGGGUUGUGGUGGGGCUGGGGAGUGGUUGUUUGUCCUUGAAUGUGAUGUUGUCCAACGGGCGGUGGAGCCUUUGGGGCUGAGGGAUGAGUGAGCAUGUGUCUGUGUGCCUGUGCAGGUGGUGAGGAUGGUGCUGCUCUUCCUCAUUCCCCUUCUGUCUUUGACAAAAACUGAAGAGGAGCUCCAAACCCGUGAGGGGAGGACAUAAGAGGAUUGGAGCCCUUGUCCAUGUCCUCCAGACCUUCUCCCACAAUGUGCAUGCAGACUCUUCCAUUCUUGUUUCCCCCUUGCCAUGACUACCAUCCUGCCAUCCUUCCCCUCUUGGCCUGUGGCCUGGAUCUGCCCUCUCCUCUACUGUCCUUGUGGCAGUUGCUGAUCCAGAUGCCCUCAGUGAGGGGGAGAAGGACAGGUUAAAUGUCGUGCCUGGAAGGUGCUUGAGACAAAGCUGGGGUGGUGGGGGGUGCCCCAUGCAGCCUAUGCCUCAUAUUGGCUUCCCCUUUCCUUUGACUAUUGGUGCUACCUUGGCAGUUGUAUGGGUGCUUUCAGGUGCCCUGGUCCCUCCUCUUCUCCUGCAUCUUCCAACCUGUUCAGCUCCUCAGGAGAAAGGGAAGAAAAGAGGAGUCUGCUUCCAGCCCAUAUCUUCCUCCUGAUGUUCAUCACUUGCACUUGUUUGGGAGAGAGAACAUGAAAUGCCUUUCUCUGGUCUUUCCGUGGCAGAAGCAGGAGUGGGCUGUGCAUCCAUCCUUCAGUCUGUGGGAGGAUAAUGCCAGCAGCGUGAUGCUGCCCCAGCCACAUGGCUGCUCUCCCACCGUGUGCGUAAGCUUCCCCCGGCCCUCCUUGCUUCCUCUUGCUCCUUCCGAAGGAAGGAGGUGUGGAUGCUAAGGCAGGUUGUUUGUUCUUCCUGCUUGUUUUUGCCCCUCCUGCUCACUUUUGCCCCUCCUGCUCUCCCCUCCCUCUGGUGGGUGGCCUGGAAGAGAUUUCCCCUCUGUCUUUUCAGCAUCUGAAACAGCCCUUACAACUGUCAACCAAAGGUGCUCAUAAGAAAUACCUGUCUCUCUCACAUCACGUGCAUGUGCGCUGGAUCUCUUCCCCUAAAGCUCCUGUGAGCUGAUCUAGAAAUUCCUUCUCUUCACUCCUAGCAAGUAGGAGGGAGCAAGACCACAGCUUGCUGUUUAUUCCACAGCUCCCUCUUUCCCUGACCAGCUUUGUUCACAUCCAAAAUAAGCUCUAUUUUUUGCCUGCCAUUUCUGGCUUGCUCUGUUUCUGUGUGGGUCCUAAGCUUCACGGUGAGAAGCCAUUCCUUUGCUCUCCUUUCUUCCUCUGCUUGCACAGGACUGAGGCAAGGAAAAGAGGUGCUGAUGAGCUGCUGGGAGAGCCUCACCCUCUCAGCCCUGUCCCUGGAUGGGGCAGAGGGGUGUCACUUCUACAUAACAUGCUGCGGAGGUGGAAAGGGUGGAAAAAAUUCCUCAUGCCAGGGCUCAUUUACUUAUAAGCCUGCCCUGGGCUGGUGAACACAAGUGGAAUUGGCCCCUCUGGUGCUUUCACACAAGGAUGUUCAGGAGCUGCUGACUCUGAGGAGUGCUCUCCUGCAGCAGUGAUUUUGUGGUUGUAGUGAUCUGAGGAUAGAAGGGAGGCAAUUUGUGGGAAGGAAGUAAUAUUUGUCUGCCCAAGGGACAUUGUCAGGGUGGUAGAGGGAUAGACCGGCUUCUGACCUUAAUUAGGGCUUUUGUGCCCAGAGCGUGUCUAUUCCCUGCCUCCAGCGCCUGGGUCGGUGUAAUAAAAUAUUUGCUGCCUUCCCCACAAACCUUGCCUUGCAGUGGGUGGCAUUCCAAGCUGUGGGAAACAGUGAAUUCACACCAGUUGUGUGAACUAGUUGUGGUUGGGUGUCUGUGCAGACAGUCUGAGGGGGAUUCCAGGUGCUGUUAGCACCACCCUUGGUACACCUCUUUAUUUUUCUUUCCUCGGUUAAAGAGCUUAGUGGACUCUUCGGGGAUGUGCUUUCAUUCACAGCUGAAGCUAGGGGCAGGGAGAAGGAGACUUCCCUGAUCCAUUUACCAAGCUAAGGCUUUCUAUAACUUGUUGGACUUGUGUGCGUGUCUGUGUUAAUACCUGCUUGUAUUUUGUGGGUGUUGUUUUUUUUUUUUUGUUUGUUUGUUUGGGUUUUCUUUUGCGCAUCUUUCCUGUGCCUGGCACACCCAGGAAUCCCUUAUGUUAGCAUAGCCUAUCCAUUUGACUGCAGCUUCAAAGAUGAGCAGUUUGUAGGCAUAGGGAAAAGCUCUUUCUUAGGAAAAUAGCGAGGAGAUUCUUCUCUCUUUCCUUCCCCUUCUGAAUAAGAACUAAUCUGUGGCUGUGAGAUAAGAGGAGCUGCUUUAUGGGGUGGAUGCAAACCGGCCAGUCACUUUAGGUUGUUAAGUUACUCUUUGGUGUGUAUGUGGUGAUGUGUUUUGUUUUGUGGUAUCAAGAUUCUGAAAAAAGUGUUGAAGCGUUUAAGUGGGAGAUAAAAGGGAACUUUAAUAGGAAACUCUUGAUGUGUUUUGGCCAAGAUGUGUUGCUUGGCAGAAUUCUUUUCCCCAGUGUCUCUUGUAUGGUGUUCUUUGGGGGCAAGGGGCAGGAAUUGUUUAAUUGAAGGGGUUUUGCCUUUCUCCAGAGUGGCAAGCAAGGGAACUGUCUGUGAAGAGUAAAACAGUGGGUCAUUGUAGGGAUGCUCCGCAAGGACCUUCUUCCUGCGGUGAGGAGAUGAGGGCACUUGUUGCAGCAGAGAAACUCGUGUGGUAGAUCCUCUUUGUGGAGGAAGAAAGGAGUAUGAUCCGGCUUGCAGACACAGCUCACCUGCUUGUGUGACAAAUCCCUCCCUGGGAGGGUCACCAGGUGGGAACCAAACCCUGAACCUCUGGAUCCGAAAUGAGGAUCCCGUGCUGGUUUGAGUUAGAGGUUUGCUAACUUGAAUACAGCAGUAGCCUCAAGUUCCCUCAGGUGGACAAGACACUUGAGGCUGACUAACCUACCUUCGUAUUCACGUGGGCUGUGCUCCUCCUUCUGAAUUUUUGCCCUUGCUCCUUAAUGGAGAUAGGAAAGAAGAUUCAUCCAUGCCUUUUAAAAUGUGCAUGGAAUUGAGGGAGGAGUUUAUUUGAAAGUAUCCCCUUCCUUUCCCCGUAACCCUUAGGAAAAAAAAUCAACAAAAACAGGGAAAUAUUCUCUGUGUCUGUGCCAUGUUUGUUCUCGUUGUCGUGUUUUUAGAGGAGAUUUUAUGAUGGAGUGGAAAAAGUGAAAUGAUUAGUUUUGCAUAAAAAAAGAAAAGUUUUAAAAAAAAUUUCUACAGGGAGAGAGCGAGAGAGAGUUUAAAAAUGAAUAAUAAAUGCAGUGAUUGCACAAACUGUAGUGGUAUUAGAUGGUCCUUAGAGAAAAGAGUAUUUUGUAGUAUCGAAGCAUGUGUGUCUGGGAUGGUGUUUGGCUUGCUUGAACUGGAGGGAAAGGCAUUCUAGGACUAAGCAGCGAUCUCUGAGCUGAAAAGGCAAGUUGCAUGUUGGAGGAACCCUGUCUACAAACCUUUCCCGUCCUUGCCUCCCAAGUGUUGGAGUGAGUUCCCUUCCCUCCCAUACCUCUCCUGUGAGCUAAGGUGGAGUCUCCAAGUGGUUUUCUGGCUGAGCAGCCCUCAGAGGGCCGGUCUGGUUCUGACAGAUUGUGGAUCAGGCCAUCAACGUGGAAACAGUUGACUUACUUUGCAUGCACAGCAGGCUGCUGACGUUUGAGGUUGGCAUAGACCUUUCUUGCCAAGUUGCUGUCUCUUUUCCGUCCCCUAUAUCCAAGCAGAAUUAAUCAUGGUGGGCUUAUUUCCUGGGAAGCAGAUAUGCCUCUCCUCUGUAAGGUUUCUUAAACUUCUUCCAAUACCAGGUGGGGGGUGACAUUUUUCUGUACAGAAUUUACCACAUCAGGGCAGAAAACUGAAUCCCAUUGUUGUGUAUUCCAGCACCCCUUCUCCCCAGUGGCGGGAUCUCUAGAGGCAAAUGAGAGCGCUGCCUUGUGUGCUCUGAUUGUGUUGCUGAGGGACACACGCCGUCUUCUUGAGGCCAGCAAAUGCUGGAAGUUUUUAGGGUGGAGAGGGGAGAGGAACAAUCUGACAGGACUGUGCUCAAGUAGGGCAGCCCUCUUCUCCAGCUUCCUUUGGGGUGUUGGGGAGGAGUUGCCUGAACAUUCCUUCAGAGCGAGGAGGCAGCUCUUAUGUGCUGCUUUCCCUGUCCAAGAUGCCUCUGGUGUUCAUCAGGCACAUGGGAGUGACUGCAGGGAAGAGGGAAACCACCAGAUGUUGGUGUCUGAACAGAAGAUGGUAGGCAGGGACGCUUGAACAGCUUUUCUUGUCUGGACUUCUGUGGUGCCCUUUGCAGUGGCUUUGCAGUGGCAGAUGACGGAUGUCUCGGUGCUUCCCAUAGCCUGGGCUGCACUUGGGAACUUUGCUCUCUGCCCAUCAAACUGUCGGUGCUUCCCAUGGCUUUCAACUUGGAACAGAAACCUCCUGUCUCAGGCUCUCUUCUCAAUGAGCAGCAUGGGACUGGAGGGGCAUGAAGCUAAUGAGAUACAAGCUCCUUUGGGGAUGAAAAACAGAAAUAGUGUGGUGAGCAGGCCCAGCUGUGGUGAGCCACUGCUUAAAUUCUGUUUGCAAAAGAGAAUGGGAGCAUUUCUCUGUGUCUCCCCUUACUGAACUUCCCAGGGAGAUUUUGUGAAAUAAACAAAUUAAAAAAAAAAAAAAAAAAAAAAAAA